AGUGUGUACACGUGUAGGUGUGUGCGUUAGAGGCCCAACACGUGCGUGUGUGCGCUUUUGGGAGUGUGAGCGUGAGGCGGUGUUGUGCUGCCCGCGGGGGUGUGUGCGUCUGUGUGUGUGCGUGUGUGCGUCACCGAGGACAGUGGACCCACGGGAGGGGGGUCUGCCCGGUGGGAGAGGGGGCGGUCCGCACGUGCGCGUGUGAGGCUUGGCGGGGCGGAGCCAUCGGCAGGCGGCGGGCGGGCGACGGGCGGCAGUACGGGCGUGAGGGCGGGCCGGGAUGGAGGAGGAGGUGCGGUGCGUUGCGUGCGGCGCGCCCUUCAAUGACCCCGUGCUACUGCCCUGCCUACACGCCCUAUGUCGCCAGUGUGCGUGUGCCGCGCAGCGCCCCGUGCACGCCCUGCUGGCCGAGCCCGCCCCAGGGGCCUCCGGGGCCGCCGCCAGCCAUGAGCAGGAACCGCCCGACGGCGGCGACAGCGACAAGGCGUCGGUAUACAGUGAGACGGACAGCGGUGUGGUGGUGGCCUCGCGCCCCGCCUCCUGCGUGCCCAGCCCCGAGGCCUCGGGGGCGUGCGAGGGCGGCGAGGGCGGCGCGGGGACAACCCAGCAGGGCAUCCGUUGCCCCGUGUGUCUGAAGGUGUCGCCCCUGGGGGCGGGCGGCGCCGCGGAGCUGCCCCGCCACAACGCCAUGGCCAGGAUAAUCGCCCGUCAGCGAGGAGGGGAGCCGCCCCCGGCGGAAGCACCGCAGGGCUCCGCGGCCGCAGCGGGCGCCGCCACCCUGCCGCCGUGCCAGCUGUGCGAGGGGCCGCCCCGCCCCGCCUCCACGGAGUGCAGCCAGUGCCGCGUGCUGUACUGCGGCCCCUGCCUCGCCUCCUGUCACCCCGCGCGGGGACCACUGGCUGCCCACACCCUGGGGCCAGUCACCCCACUGGAGGGCCCCGCAGGACAGUGGGCAGGGGAGGUGUGUGCUGCCCAUGGGGAGAGACCCACGCUGUACUGCCUGCUGUGCCGCUGGUGGGGCUGUGGGGAGUGUGGCCCGCGGCACGGCCAGCAGGGAGGCCACGACCUGCAGCCCCUCGACAACCUGGCCAAGACCCACAAGGUAGGUGUCGCAGUGUGUGUGUGUGUGUGUGUGUGUGUGUGAGAGAGAGAGAGAGAGAGAGAGAGAGAGAGAGAGAGAGAGAGAGAGAGAGAGAGAGAGAGAGAGCAGCCCCGACCCUCCCCACUGUCCAUCACCAGCACGCCGGGAAGCGGAGACAGACAGACACAAACGUACACACGGGAACAAACCAUCAUUAGAGGUGUGACAGCCUUUCCUUCCUCCCUCCUUCCUCCUCCUUCCUCUUGCUCCACCACCACCACCACCAGCACCACCACCACCACCACCAUCACCUCGCUUUAUGCCUUAACUUGGGAGGAAGCGGGAAAGAGACAGACCAGGAAAGAGGGGAGAGAGGCGGCAGCAGCAGCAGGGCGUGUGAGUGGGAGGCGUGGGCGGCGCGGCAGCCUGGCGGGGGCAGUGCAGUCACCUGUGCCGCCACGCUCGUGUCAGCUGAUGUUACCUAAAGUUAAUUAAUUUUCAACGCACAACAAAAAGCACGACUCACCUGUCU